CACACUCACACUUUACAGUUCAAUGCUGUGCUUUGCUGUGCUGUUUUCGUGUGUGGCAAUUGAGUGUUCCUUUUUCCGCUUAACAUUGUGUGUGUGACUUGUAAAAAAAAUGCCAACCAGAUUUACUAAAACACGUAAACUUCGUGGCCAUGUUUCACAUGGUCAUGGUCGUAUUGGAAAACAUCGUAAACAUCCAGGUGGUCGUGGUAAUGCUGGUGGUCUCACUCAUCAUCGAAUCAAUUUCGAUAAAUACCAUCCUGGUUACUUUGGCAAAGUUGGUAUGAGGAAUUUUCAUGUGAAAAAGAAUACAUUGAAACAUUAUUGUCCAACUAUAAAUGUGGAAAAUUUAUGGUCAUUAUUGGGCAAUGAAGCACGUGAACAUUAUGCUAAAGAAAAAAGUGGUAAAGCACCAGUGGUAAACCUUGUUAAACAUGGUUAUUUCAAAGUUUUGGGCAAAGGAAUUCUACCACAACAGCCAAUCAUUGUCAAGGCACGUUUUUUCAGUAAAAAUGCAGAACAAAAAAUUAAAGCUGUUGGUGGUGCUUGUAUUUUGACUGCUUAAAAAAUUUAAAAUUUUGAAAAAAUGAAUAAAAAAAUUUUUUUUAUUUAAAAAAA